AUGGCGAAGCUUCUGGGCUUCGUUAGGAGAAGCCCGCGAGAGGCGCAACACACCAAUGAGACGUCGCAGGGCGAGCGCGCCUUUGUAUGGCGGCUCGACAUCUUUCUGCUGACCUUUGGCUGCAUUUCGCAAGUCAUCAAGUUCCUCGACCAGUCCAACAUCAGCAACGCCUACGUCUCUGGAAUGAAAGAGGACCUGCACCUCUACGGGAAUGAGUUGAAUUAUUUCACCACAUACUUCAACAUUGCGUACUGCAUCAUGCUCAUCCCAUCUCAAAUCAUCCUCACAUAUGUCAGACCCAGCUGGUGGCUUCCAUCCCUGGAAGUGAUUUGGGGUGUCAUUACCGGCCUCAUGGCCAUUACCACUAACGCCACUCAAGUUUACAUCCUUCGUGUCUUCCUCGGAUUGUGCGAAAGUGCUGCGUAUCCCGGCAUGAUUACUCUUUUCAUGUACUGGUACACUCCGAUUGAGAUGGCCAAGCGCAUUGGCUUCUAUCACUCUUGCCAAGCCAUUGGGCAGAUGAUGUCUGGCGCCAUGCAAGCCGCCAUUGUAAACACUCUGGGCGGCAGAUACGGCCUGACCGGCUGGAGGUGGCUCUUUGUCAUCAACGCCAUCAUCACAGUCAUCUGGGGCCUCGCUGGGUACUUCAUGAUCCCCGAUUCUCCCUACAAGCCUAACCCGUGGGCCUUUUGGUUCAAGGAGAAGCAUGCAGAAUUUUCCCGGCUUCGGCUGGAGAGAACGAAUCGCGUGGACUCUAAGCCGAUUACUUGGGCUUCCGCCUUGCGGACUUUCUCUGGCUGGAUUGUCUACGUCAUUGCGAUCCUUUACAUUUCCAUGGUCCUCGGAACGUCUGGUUACAACUACUUUGGCCUGUUCCUCAAGUCCAUCCUGAACAGUGAUGGAACACGGCGAUGGACGACGUCUGAGGUCAAUCUGAUUCCGAUUGGCGGCAGCGCAAUCAAUGUCGUGUUCGUUUGGGUCUGGGCCUUUUUGUCCGACGUUCUGCGUACACGAUGGCUCUUGAUCGUAGCUCAAGCGUUCAUCGCAAUCAUUGCCGGCAUCAUCCUCAGCAUCUGGACCACUCAUCCCACGGGAACACCCCUCUCAGCGGCGUACGCUGGAUACUUCCUGUCUCAUAUCCCGUUGGGCACUGCACCGUUGAUCUGGGCCUGGCUCUCUGAUCUCAAGCCUCAGGAUCCGGAGGAUCGAUCCCUGACUGUCGGCGCCGCCAUUGCUGGCUACUACGCCAUUUCAGCGUGGAGUCAAGUGCUCGUUUGGCCUGCCAGUCAAGCACCAUACUACAAAUAUGGAUGGCAGUCUGCUAUCGCCCUGCUCACACUGGUGAUUAUCCUCACGGUGGGACUGCGCAUCUACGACGUCAAGUACCUCCUCCCGAAGCGAAACAUGUUCUUCGAGGUGGCUCGCGAGAAGCAGGACGCCGCCGACGGGACUUCCGCUCAGCCAAUGGAAGAGAAGGGCGAUGGAAUCACGGCUGUCAGAGCAGCCUGA